GCAAGCCUUUACUAAGGCUUUCAUUUCCGCUUUGGAUGUCCUUGAACAUGAACGCAUUAUUUUUGGACUCAACCUUGAAGUCCACAUAGAAUAUUCCACCAAUUCGAACAUUCGUUUCGCCUUGGCCCUCGUUCCACGCGAUCUGCCCUAGGUUGCUAGUGCCCGACCCGAUGCAAUGGUGGAUCGACAUGAUCUCCCGCAUCCUUGAACGAUCCAAAAGGAGCCGCUUAUUAUACUGGUAAACUGGUACCUACCUGCCAGCUGGUACCUGAGUAGUAGUCUCUAUGUGAAUUGAUAUAAGGAGGCCUACUUCCGUCGUUGCACUUGAUUAUGCCUCUUCUAUUCAGAUUCAUCACAGGUCUUCAUCCGUUCUAGUGACUGCCUUUUUUUGCAUUCGUCAUUCUUUUUCAACCAAAUUUCCAUUCUUUCCUGACUUGAAGUCAACAACACUCAUUACCGCAAGCCGGCUUAACUUAAACGAACAAUUUUAUAUCUGUAUUACCUCGUGCCUACCAUUUUACCUACGCACCAGUUAUCAAUCUAUUCAAAAUGCCUUCUACAUUCACCUCAACUCUUUUGGCUGCCCUCGCUGGCGCCGUUUCUGUUGCCGCCCACGGCCAUGUUACCAAAGUAACCAUUGACGGCAAAUCGUAUGAUGGAUUUGACCCUACUUCCGCACCCUAUGGCACCCAGCCAGACAGCGUCACCUGGAGCAAUGGUGCCAAGGAUAACGGCUUCGUCUUGUCCUCUGCUCUGCAAGACCCCGAUAUAAUCUGCCACUUGGACGCUACCAACGCAGCUCUGUCUGCCCCUGUUGCGGCAGGUGGCGAGGUCUCGCUUACUUGGAACCAAUGGGCCGACUCCCACAAAGGACCCGUCAUCGACUAUCUCGCGGACUGCGGCGGCGACUGCUCCACCGUAGACAAGACCACUCUCAAAUGGUUCAAGAUCGCCGAGAUGGGCCAGCUCACGCUAGGUUCCGGCGGUGGCUCGGUUGGCAAGUUCGCCGACGACGUCCUCAUCGAGGACGGGCUUACCUGGAAGGUGACGAUUCCCUCCACCCUCAAGGCCGGAAACUACGUUCUCCGCCACGAGCUCAUCGCGCUCCACGAGGGCGGCACCGAGGGCAAGACCCAGAUGUACCCGCAGUGCAUCAACCUCCAGGUCACCGGCAGCGGCACCGCGUCUCCCCCCGCUGGCGUCGUCGGCACCGCGCUUUAUAAGUCCACCGACGCCGGCAUCCUCCACAACAUCUACAACGACGAGGCCCUCUCCUCCCCGUCCGACUACCAGAUCCCGGGCCCUGCUCUGGUCGCUCUUGGUUCUUCCGCAGGCAACAGCAACAGCAAUGGUAAUGCUGCUGUCUCUUCCGCUUCUUCGACGACGGCUGCUGCUGCUGCUACUACCGCUUCCUCGGCGGUGUCUCAGGCGACUGCCACUACUGCUUCCACUGUUGUUGUCGCGACGUCUUCCGCUACUGCUAAGGCUACUGCUACUGCUACUACCAAGGCUACUGCUGCGGCUACCACUAGCAAAGCUAGCGCCGUGCAGACAGCCCAGCCAGCCUCCAACUCGCCUGCCACAACAAGGCCGAAGAAGACCUGUAACGGCAGACGUCGGCGCCACGCUCGCCAGAUCAAGAAUGUGAUGUAAUUCUUGCCAGAAAUGAGCAAUGAACUGCACGAGUAAAGAAACUUUGUUGAAGGAGGGGGGUUAAGGGGGUUAGUUCGCUGUAUAUUGUACAUUUUUUGAUACCAUGAGACAUAUUAUGAGAUGUUUGAUGGUAUGUAUUUAUUUAUUCUUAGCUUUGGAUCGAAUUAAAUUCUAC